ACGUACCUAUACGGUCACAGAGAUUGCUAUCACCAGAGCAUAUAAACCAAGCUGCACUUCGCCUCACCUCGUCACCUCUAGACAUUCUUCUUAAAAGGGUACCUAACCUAUCUAUCCCCUUUCCGCUCCGCAACAACAGCCUUCCCAGCUCCUGCACCGUCGCCAAACCAGAAGAUAAACCAAAAGAAAAAAAAUGCAGAACCAGACGCAAAACCAGCGUCCGCCGGCCCUCGGGGACCGACGAGCGGCGCAGAACGCGGCGUUCCGGGAGAAGCUGCGGCAGAUGGCGCUGCCGCUGGCGCCGCUGGUGCAGCUGACGACGGGGGAGAUCCACUCGGCGUUCCCGGGGACGCUGCUCAAGUUCUGGCUGCUGACGGACGCGGAGCUCGAGGGGCUCGCGCACUUCUACCACCAGCGCACGCCGUGCCGCUGGACCUUCCACUACCCCUGCCCCAUCGCCUGGGCGUCCGACAUGCCGCUCGAGGAGAAGCGCCGGCGCAUCGGCAGGUUCAUUGGGUUGCGGGGGUGCGAGACCCCGACGAUGGCUACGGCUGCGCCGCUGCCAAGUGGAAAUGGGAGUGGGGGUGGGAAUGUCCCCGCUAGGAGCCUGACGGAAGAGGAGAUUCUCGACCAGGCUAGGCACGCUAGGUUUUUCUCGAACGAUGAGGAGGCGUGGAGGAGGAAGUUUAGGUGGUAUAAUUGAGACGGUUUGGUUUGUUUAAUGGGGGAAAAUAGGAAUAAGAGGGCAGGGGGAUGGGGAUCCAUUAAUAGGGGAUAUGUGUGGUGGUAGCAGUGAUUAUCAUUUUUUCUAUUCUUUACGCUCCCUGAACCGGAAUAUUUAUUUUAAUACAUGAGCACUUGCAGAAUUUCACGUUUCCUUUCGUUAAUUAUCAGGUUCCUAAACUGAUUUCGUGAGGGACAG